UGCUUAGAAUAAUGACAGAUUGGUUCGAAUCACUGUAAACAAUCACCCUCGCCAUCCUCCGGAUCCUCCGCAGUUACCCCACAUCGAUGAUCACGCUUGCAGGCGAUUGUUGUUCAGUCAAGUCAUAACAUCGUGAGUGCGAGGAAAUAAUUUCCAUUUUGUGUGCCCAAUAGACUCACUAAAUUACCAAAAAUGCGAUACGCCCAGCUAGUGAUGGGUCCUGCCGGAAGUGGGAAGUCCACAUAUUGCGCCACAAUGCAACGGCAUGGCUACGACGACAAGCGGUUGAUCAAGGUGGUCAAUCUGGAUCCGGCCGCCGAAACGUUCGAGUACCAGCCGUUCAUCGACAUCCGCGAUUUGAUCCAGCUGGACGAUGCCAUGGAGGACGAAGAGCUACACUACGGACCGAAUGGCGGUUUGGUGUUCUGCAUCGAGUAUUUGCUGGAGAACUCCGACUGGCUGAGGAACCAGCUUUGCGGAGUGGGAGAUGACGAGGAUGACGAGGAAGGAGGAGUGGCCGAUGGCGUGGAGGAACCGGACGACGAUUACAUUCUGUUCGAUAUGCCGGGUCAAAUUGAGCUGUACACACAUUUGAAGGCCGGCCAGCAGUUGGCGAAACUGUUGGAAUCGUGGAACUUCCGGUUGUGUUCGGUGUUCUUGGUGGAUUCACAGUUUAUGAUUGAUGGGGCCAAGUUCCUGUCCGGGACGAUGGCGGCGCUAAGUGUGAUGGUCAACAUGGAGCUGCCUCAUGUGAACAUUCUGAGCAAGAUGGAUCUGUUGAGCAAGACCAGCAAGGGGCAGUUGGAUAAGUACUUGGAACCGGAUCCGCAGGCCCUGCUCGGGGAAGUUACAAGCGAGUCUUCGUGGGGGCGAAAGUAUAGGAAGCUCUCCGAGACAAUAGGACUGCUAAUCGAGGACUUUAGCUUGGUACGGUUUACUCCUUUGAACAUCAACGAUGAGGAGAAUAUAGCCGAUUUGCUACUGAUGAUCGACAAUGUCAUACAAUAUGGAGAAGAUGCCGACGUAAAGACGACCGAUUUCGAUCCUCCGGAACCGGAGGACGAUGACGAUGUAGAUAAAUAUUAUCAUGAUUAGGGAAUAAAGCUAGUUUUAUAAUACAUUAA